AUGCGGAAAGCAGCACAAAACGAUGCCAUUGUUCGUGGUGUGAAGGGCCCGUGUCCACUGAUUAAUUUGCAGGGUUUUGACAUUGUUUGGUCGUUCUCUCCAGAUUACAUGCAUUGCGUACUCCUGGGUGUCUCGAGGCAGCUCACAGAGAUAUGGCUUUCCUGCCCUGGCGAACCAUACUACAUUGGAGAUCCAAAGAAGCUUGCUCUUAUUGACAGCAAACUUUGUUGUAUUCGGCCUCCACAAUGUUUCAACCGCCUUCCAAGGUCCCUGAUGUUUAGGAAGUUGUGGAAGGCGGCAGAGUGGCAGAAGUGGCUGCUUUAUUACAGUCUCCCUUGUCUGCGGGAUGUACUUCCUGCUGCAUUUCUAGAACACUGGACACUGCUUGCGACACGCAUAUUUCAUCUCCUGAAAGACGAGGUAACGCCAGAAGACAUUGCUAUAGCAACUCAAACUCUCGUUCAGUUUGUUGUUCAAAUGCAGUUCCUAUACACAAAGGUUGCAAUGACAUACAACAUACAUCUGCUCCUUCACCUUCCAAAAUGCGUUGUGCAGUUUGGCCCCCUCUGGGCACACUCGUGUUUCAGUUUUGAAAGUAACAUAGGAAAGCUGUUGAAGCUUGUAACUUCGUCGAAUGGAGUGCCCAUUCAGAUUGCAUCGCGAGUUUUGCUGAAGAGUAAACUGGAUAUGUGCAAAACAAAUGGUGACAUCAACGAUCUUCUUUCUACAAAGAAACAGCCACGGCAUGUAGGCACCAGGCCUUUGGGUAAACCAAAAAGAGUGGAAGUUUCACUCAGAUUAUUUUUUGAGAACAGCACUGGCUGUGAAGGCAGUCAGAUUUGCGAGUAUGAGAGGAUGGUUGUGAACGAUGAAGUGUUUCAUAGCAAGAAAUACAAGAGGCCAACGAAAACAAGCUGUGCAGCUGUGCGUCUAGGGGAUGGAACGUAUAGCGUGAUAGACAGAAUUAUCUCUUUACUCGUAGCCACAGCGGUGAGGUGCAGCUCUUCAUAUGCUCGAAUGAGUAUAAGGUGUUGUCUUCACUGA